GAUCAACACCAACUGUAGAGCAGCGUGUAUUUAUUCGAGCAGCUGGGCAGCACUUUUUCUGACCAUCUGGCUGCCAGAUGGAGGAAUUCCUGGUGGCAACGCCGCGUUUUUUACAGUCCUAUAGGUGAAAAAAGAUUUACACAUUCGCAAUUGGUUUAAUUAAUUUAAAUCAAUCCAUGUAAAUAUCCGUGUGUACGCUGACAAAGCGGCGACAACAACAAGCACAUAAAAGCAGCAACAGUAACAAUAGCAGCAGCAACGAAGGAAGUUCAACACGAAAAUGAGAAAGUAAACUUGAAAGUGAAGCAACGCCAAGGCGUAUAUAAAGAACAAAAAAACAUGCACUUCUCCGUACCGGACACACAGGAGUUGUGUGUGGAUGCUCCGAAUGGAGGUGGGGGCGGUGGGUUGGUUACUGGGCCCACUUACACGGUCUACAACAUCUACAUAAAUGGCAAUUAUCAUUGCAAAUUGCGUUACAAACAGCUUCACGAGUUUUACGAGCAAUUGCGUAGGCGCUGCGCAGACGCUGCCUUGCCCCCGUUUCCCCCUAAGCGUCUGCUGCCACUAACAAAUAGCCAGCUGGAGACGCGACGCGCUGCCUUGGAGCACUAUUUACAAAUUAUUGGGCAGGAUGUGCGUAUUGCCAGACUACCAUUCCUUCAGCAGUUCCUUCAACGCGCCCAGCUGGAAACAGCACUGGCCGAGUCCACGGUGAGCACAGACAGUGAGGAACAGCAAUUGGAAAUCGAAGUCUACACUAAAGCUGCGGGUGCACAGUUGCUGGUCAACUGUCAUGUCCAGCAAAACACCAGCGCGUUGCUUCAGACUGUUUGCCGGGCACUAAAACUGCCUCCUGAGCUGCAGCAAUUUUUCUGUUUAUAUCUCAUGCGCAAGCUGCCGAGUGUGUCUGGCGAGCCGACGCCAACGGUGCUGCUGCUGCGUCGCCUCAUGGACUUUGAGUCGCCGUAUAUAACGCGCCUCCAUGCACAACCUUGUCAAUUGCUGCUGCGUACAAGUUACUGGAAUUCUGGCUGGGAUGCCAAGCUGUUAGGCAACAGCGUGGCGGUCAACUUGCUGUACAACCAGACCGUAGCGGAUGUGGCACGAGAGUGGAUCAUCUGCACACCGGAACUGGGUCACCAAUUGCACAGCCUGCAGAUGCAAGCGCGUUCCUUACAAUAUCUGGAGCUGGCACGCCAGCUACCCUCCUACGGCUGUCUGCAAUUCGCCGCUGCCCAUGUGGACUACCCCGAAAACGAUACGACAGCGCUCGUCAGCAUUGGCAACAAGGAGUUGAGUCUGCGUACGGCACGCGGUGCCAAAAUCUAUGAAACCAAAUUCCGUGUAACCCGUAUGCGCUGCUGGCGCGUUAGUGCCAUGCACAAUACGCUGGAGUCGCGAGAUCAGCCAUCACAGCUGCAGCUAGCGUUCGAAUAUUUGAUGUCAAAACAAACAUUGCGCUGGAUUACGAUCACCAGCUCACAGGCGAUGCUCAUGUCUGUGUGUCUGCAGGCAAUGGUAGAUGAAUUAUUGCAUCAAACCGCUGGCGACGGCAACAGCGAUGAUGAGCUUGAACGCAAUGGACGUGCUGUCUCCACGUCUGCUUCUUCGGAGUCCACCUCUUCGACGCCAAGCUCGGCAUCUUCCACUUCCACGUCCUAUAUGUCAAAUUUUACGGCAGCUAACACGUCCGCCAGCACAACGCCUCCAGUCAAGUUUCUGGCACAGCGUCUGACGCCCACAUCAAAGCAGCAGCACAAGUUAACGACAUCCCGCACCUUUGCGGCGGUCUUCUUCCGCAAUGACAGCAGCAAUGCGUCAGAGGUGGCGUCAUCAGUUCGUAAUGAAGCUUUUGAGGGCAUUGGCGAUGAUGAUCUGUAAGUUUUUUUUUGUGUAUAACUUUCCAUAAGUGUCCAAAAUUUAAAUGUCGUCGUCGUUGAUGUUUAGUUACCUUAUUCGCAGCCAAAUUUUUCAUAGUGCAAAAUUUUGCAACUGUAAGCACAAAACUAACCGUUAUUUACACAAUGCACAGACACAAACAUACAUAAAUAAUUAUGCAUAGUUUUUAGUUAAAUAACGGUACUAUCUUCUCUCUCUGGUGCUGCCAAAAUGUUAUGUAUGAAAAUUGAUCGAAGAUGAAAAGAUAAUAGUAGAUAAGCUCGGAAUGUGCAUUUCUUGUGUUGUUUAACUUAAAAAAGACGCAAAACAUUUAUUUUGUUACUACAUAAAAAUACAUACAUAUUAUACAUAUGUGUGUAUUGUUUAAACGAUGUGUUGUUUUUAAGAAUGCUCAGUAAAGAAGACAAAGCAUUCGGGCUUUGCAAGAUAGACUUAUGUUAAAAAUUAUCUAUAAAAACUGUUUAUAUUGUAAUUCUUUUGUACAUGAAGUUUUUUAUGAUUAUUCACUAAAUUUGGUUUAGUGUAUGUAUAUGCGCGAAUAUUUUUUACAUCUAUUAUCAACAG